UUCCUGUUUAAAUUUCUGUUUAUGAAAUGGCAUAUAUAAAUCUCUGUUUGUAAGGUUGGAAGAAUAUAUUAUCCCAAGUGGAAUUGAUGCAAUAUGGAAACCACGUAUAAAAUAGAACGGUUAUGAAAUUUAAUUGUGUACGAGACAAAAUGCAAAUGGCUAAAUUGUAGUAAAACCGAAUUUACACUGUUUUACAUUGGAGAACCACUGGCGAUGAUUCGUCCACGUCCAGAGAAAAUGAAGGAUUAAAGCCAGAGUAUUUACACAACUUCACUGGAUGAAUGCUUCAGAUGAAGACUCCAAAUGAGCACUGUGGAUAAAUAAUUAGUUUUAUUGCAUUAAGAGGCAUUUUUAGCACACUAGGAGUAAUGAUAUGCUUAUUAGAUAUUUUCUACUUAGAAUAACACCACAAAAUAACUUGCAAAGUUUCGUUCACCCUUAGCAAAACAUUUUGUAUAAGCAAAUACCCAUAAUAAUUAUAUUCACUAAUUUGCAAAAAAUCAAAAUUCUGAUUUAUCCGCAUUCGUUUCCAUAUUCAUUUUGUACGAUGUGUAUCAUAGAAAUGCGAACUGAUCGUUCGAUUAUGCAUUCAACAUGCGUUUAUAUGUACUUGUCAGUGGCGUUUCACUAUGAGUGUAUCAUUCAUUCUGUAAAGCUCAGCUGUACUCCGUUCACUGUGCACUUUGGAGCAACACUGCAGAUGGAGGAUGAAAAUGACAUAUUUUGAUGAAUCAUUUCUAGAUUCUAAUUCUAAUUCUAGAAUCUAAUUUCUAGAAAAGGGAGAAAUUGAAAUAAAAAAUUAAUUUUGUAAAUACAGAUUUGAGUAUAUAUUCAGGCUUUAAAUUUUGAUCUUUAUUCGUUUACGAGUUCAUCACGAGUUCAAACACGAGUUAGCAUAAGUUCAGAAUAAAUGCAAUUAUAUGCAAUUAAAUAUUUCAUUCUCUAUAAGUUCCAAUAAUACUGGAUCUUGAUUAUACAAGAUCAUGGGACAAAUAAUUUGUCAUGCUUAUUGUUGUUAAAGAGCAAACUAAAAGGAAUUUAUCUUGGAGGAUCCGAAACACUAUCCAUUCCUUUCCAAUGGCGCAUUACCAGUUCCAGGAGUGGACGAUUCAGCUGAGUUCUUCUCAACCGUGAAGUCCAUGCAUAUCAUGGGCAUGACAAAUGAAGAUUUUUCUUCGAUCUUUCGUAUCGUGUCUGCGGUAAUGUUAUUUGGUUCUAUGCAGUUCCGUCAAGAAAGGAACUCGGAUCAAGCCACGUUACCGGACAAUACUGUUGCUCAAAAAAUUUCUCAUUUACUCGGUUUGAGCGUAACAGAAAUGACAAAAGCGUUUUUAAAACCAAGAAUUAAAGUGGGUAGAGACUUCGUAACGAAAGCACAAACAAAAGAGCAAGUUGAAUUUGCUGUAGAAGCAAUUUCAAAAGCUUGCUAUGAGAGAAUGUUUAGGUGGCUUGUAAACCGAAUCAACCGAUCAUUGGAUCGGACAAAAAGACAAGGAGCAAGUUUUAUCGGUAUCUUAGAUAUGGCUGGUUUUGAAAUAUUCGAGUUGAACAGUUUCGAACAGUUAUGCAUUAAUUAUACUAACGAGAAGUUACAACAAUUAUUCAACCAUACCAUGUUCAUUUUGGAACAAGAAGAAUAUCAAAGGGAAGGAAUUGAAUGGAAGUUUAUAGAUUUUGGAUUAGAUUUGCAACCAACUAUUGAUUUGAUUGACAAACCGAUGGGCAUCAUGGCUUUACUGGAUGAAGAAUGUUGGUUCCCUAAAGCAACAGAUAAAACAUUUGUUGAAAAAUUAGUAGGUGCACAUAGUGUACAUCCAAAAUUCAUGAAAACAGACUUCAGAGGUGUGGCAGAUUUUGCUAUCAUACAUUAUGCUGGAAAAGUUGAUUAUUCAGCUGCCAAAUGGUUAAUGAAAAAUAUGGAUCCUUUGAAUGAAAAUGUUGUUAGCCUUUUACAAAAUUCACAAGAUCCUUUCGUUUGUCAUAUUUGGAAAGACGCAGAAAUUGUUGGAAUGGCUCAGCAAGCAUUAACUGAUACACAAUUUGGUGCAAGAACAAGAAAAGGCAUGUUCAGAACAGUUUCUCAAUUGUACAAGGAACAAUUAGCAAAAUUAAUGGUUACUUUAAGAAACACAAAUCCUAAUUUUGUAAGAUGCAUCAUACCAAAUCAUGAAAAGAAGGCUGGAAAAAUUGAUGCACCAUUGGUACUAGAUCAAUUGAGAUGUAAUGGAGUUUUAGAAGGAAUUCGAAUUUGCCGACAAGGAUUUCCAAAUAGAAUACCAUUUCAAGAAUUCAGACAAAGAUAUGAACUUCUAACACCGAAUGCUAUUCCUAAAGGGUUUAUGGAUGGAAAGAAAGCUUGUGAGAAAAUGAUUCAAGCUCUUGAACUUGACCCUAAUCUUUAUCGCGUUGGUCAAUCAAAAAUUUUCUUCCGUGCUGGAGUUUUGGCUCAUCUUGAAGAAGAACGUGAUUAUAAAAUUACUGACAUAAUUGUUAAUUUCCAAGCAUUCUGUCGUGGUUUUCUUGCUCGCAGAAAUUAUCAGAAACGUUUGCAACAGUUAAAUGCUAUUAGAAUUAUUCAAAGAAAUUGUGCUGCUUACUUAAAACUUAGAAAUUGGCAAUGGUGGCGUUUGUAUACGAAGGUGAAACCACUUCUGGAAGUGACAAAACAAGAGGAAAAAUUGACUCAAAAAGAAGAUGAAUUGAAACAAGUACGGGACAAGUUAGAAAUGCAAUUACAUUCUGCACAAGAAUAUGAACGAAAAUAUCAACAAGCUAUGGAAGAAAAAACUAUGUUAGCAGAACAAUUACAAGCUGAAGUCGAAUUAUGUGCAGAAGCAGAAGAAAUGCGAGCGAGAUUAGCUGCCAGAAAGCAAGAACUAGAAGAGAUUCUUCAUGAUUUGGAAACAAGAAUUGAAGAGGAAGAAGAAAGAAGUGCUGGAUUGACUCAAGAAAAAAAGAAAUUGCAAUUAAAUAUAAGUGAUCUUGAAGAGCAGUUAGAGGAGGAGGAAGCUGCUAGACAGAAAUUACAGUUAGAGAAAGUACAAUGUGAUGCAAAAAUCAAAAAACUUGAGGAAGACCUUGCACUUUCUGAGGAUACAAAUCAAAAAUUGUUGAAGGAGAAAAAGAUCCUUGAAGAAAGAGCAAAUGAUUUAUCUCAGACACUUGCUGAGGAAGAAGAAAAAGCGAAGCACUUAUCUAAAUUAAAAGCAAAACAUGAAGCAACGAUUGCAGAUCUUGAAGAAAGGUUGUUGAAAGAUCAUCAACAAAGACAGGAAGUAGAUAGAUCAAAACGGAAAAUAGAAACUGAAGUAUCAGAUUUGAAGGAACAACUUGCAGAAAGGAAGACACAGGUAGAAGAACUUCAACUGCAACUUGGUAAACGUGAAGAAGAAUUAAAUCAAGUAAUGGCAAAAAUGGAUGAAGAAGGAGCAGCUAAAGCUCAAGCUCAAAAGGCACUUCGUGAAUUAGAGUCUCAAUUGGCCGAACUUCAAGAAGACUUAGAAGCUGAAAAGGCUGCUAGGGGAAAAGCAGAAAAACUAAAACGAGACUUAAAUGAGGAAUUAGAAGCAUUGAAAAAUGAAUUAUUAGAUUCUUUAGAUACAACUGCUGCACAGCAAGAAUUAAGAAGCAAACGAGAACAGGAAUUAGCAACAUUAAAGAAGAAUUUAGAAGAAGAAACAUCAAUACAUGAAGCAACAUUGGCGGAUAUGCGUCAUAAGCACACGCAGGAAUUGACUGCUUUGAACGAACAAAUGGAUGCAUUGAAGAAAACUAAAGCUGUUUUAGAAAAAGCAAAGGGAACGUUGGAGGCUGAAAAUGCUGAUUUAGCUACAGAACUUAGAUCUGUUGGUGCGAGCAGGCAAGAAUCAGAUAGAAGAAGAAAACAGGCUGAACAACAACUUGCUGAAGUAAAUGCAAAACUUGCAGAAGUGGAAAGAAACAGGCAGGAACUGAUAGAAAGAGUAACAAAAUUACAACAAGAAUCUGAAAGUAUUAUGCAACAAUUAGAAGCAGCAGAGUUGAAAGCUUCUGCAGCCUUGAAAGCUUCAGCAACUUGCGAAUCUCAAUUUACAGAACUUCAGCAACAACUUGAGGAGGAAACAAGACAAAAAUUAGCUUUAAGUUCAAAAUUGAGAGCGUUAGAAAGUGAAAAGGAAAGUCUGCAUGAUCAAUUAGAAGAAGAAGAGGAGGCAAAGAGAUGCUUAGAUAAACAGGUUAUGGGCUUAACUGUACAAUUGGCUGAAGCAAAGAAAAGAGUUGAGGAAGAAACUGAAGCUGCUACAGCAUUGGAAGAAGCAAGAAAACGGUGCAUGAAAGACAUUGAAGCACUUCAAAGACAAGUUGAAGAACUACAAGCUGCUAAUGAUAAAUUAGACAAAUCAAAGAAAAAGAUUCAAGCAGAAUUAGAAGAUAGUAUCAUUGAGCUCGAAGCGCAAAGAGCAAAGGUGCUGGAAUUGGAGAAGAAACAGAAAAAUUUCGAUAAGUUUGGGGAACUUUCUGUGCUGGCUGAAGAAAAAGCGAUCUCUGAACAGUAUGCAGAGCAACGUGAUGUUGCCGAACGUGAGGCCCGUGAAAAAGAAACUCGUGUCUUAUCCUUAACUCGAGAACUUGACGAAAUGAAUGAGAAAGUUGAAGAACUCGAACGAAUUCGUCGAGGUCUCCAAUCAGAAUUGGACGAACUCGUAAACAAUCAAGGAACAGCAGACAAAAAUGUGCAUGAACUAGAAAAAGCAAAACGUGCUCUUGAAUCACAAUUAGCGGAGCAACGUUCUCAAGUAGAAGAGCUCGAGGAUGAGUUACAAUUUACGGAAGAUGCAAAGUUGCGUCUAGAAGUAAAUAUGCAAGCUUUAAGAGCCCAAUUCGAGCGAGACUUGCAAGCUAAAGAAGAACAAGCCGAGGAGAAACGAAGAGGAUUGGUGAAACAAUUGCGCGAUCUUGAAGCGGAAUUAGAGGAUGAAAGAAAACAAAGAGCUGCCGCUAUUGCACAACGUAAAAAAAUGGAAGCAGACUAUAAAGAUAUUGAACAGCAAUUGGAAAUGCAUAAUAAGGUAAAAGAAGAUGCACUGAAACAAUUGAAGAAACUUCAAACCCAAAUAAAAGAUUGCACUAGAGAAACUGAGGAAGCUAGAGCUGCCAGAGAUGAACUUGCAGCAAGUGCUAAAGAAACUGAGAGAAAGGUAAAGAGUUUAGAAGCAGACUUGAUGCAAUUAACUGAAGAUUAUGCCAGCAGUGAACGCGCUAGAAGAGCUGCUGAGAACGAAAGAGACGAAUUACAGGAAGAACUCAAUAAUAACGCUAAUAAGGGUACAUUAAUGUUGGAUGAAAAACGUAGAUUAGAAGCUAGAAUAGCAACAUUGGAAGAAGAGUUAGAAGAAGAGCAAUCAAAUGGUGAACUGCUAAUGGAUAGAGCUAGAAAAGCGCAAAUAACUAUCGAACAACUAACAAAUGAUUUAACGACUGAGAGAUCAACUACACAGAAAUUGGAAUCGCACAAAUUGUUAUUAGAAAGGCAAAACAAGGAGUUGAAGGCGAAACUCACAGAAUUAGAAACUGCUCAAAGAGCAAAGACCAAAGCUACCAUUCAACAAUUAGAAUCAAAGAUUAAUAAUCUUGAUGAACAAUUAGAAACUGAAGCAAAAGAAAGAUUUGCACAGCAGAAGAUUAAUAGAAAAUUAGAGAAAAAGCUAAAGGAAUUAAGUUUACAGCUAGAAGACGAAAGGAGAAAUUCAGAUCAAUAUAAAGAACAAGCAGAAAAAGUGAAUGCUAGAAUGAAAGCUUUGAAGAGACAGCUUGACGAAGCUGAAGAAGAAAUUAGCAAGCAUAAAGCAAUGAAAAGGAAAGCGCAAAGAGAAAUGGAUGAUAUGCUUGAAUCUCAAGAAGAGCUAACCAGAGAGGUUGCAAAUCUUAAAAAUAAAUUAAGACGAGGUGGUCCUCCAAUAAGCCUUAGUUCGACGCGUCUGAAACGCGGCUCUGUUCAAACCGGUGGAUCCGGCGACGAUUCGACGACACAGGAUGAAAGCAUCGAUGGUGAGGAAACUGUCAACUGAACAAGAAAACACACCACUUAUUGAACCCUCACAACGCAGGAAACUCAUAAAAAUAUCCAGGUCCAAGAAGUGUGUGCAAGAUCCGUUUCGAUCAAAGUUAAGUUCGAAUCGGAGAACUCCUUUGUAUGAGUUCAGAAGUCGAUUCCAGUGCACCCAACGAUGCCAUUACACGAGGGCGGCGGCUUUCUUCUGUACAUAAGAAACCCGAAAGGCCGUAUUAAGUAGUAUUUUAUCUCCGUUUCUUCCGGAACUCCACAGAAAAUGACGAAUUUUCUCUGGUCAACUUGAUAUGAGCGAGUCUUUCUUAUAUAUUUUAUAACAAGCUUAUUAACAUUUUUCAAUGUUAAUAAGCAAACAGCAAAAGAAGGUUGUACAAGUAAAUUUAAUCGAACUUUUUUUUCGAUAAAUUCAAUGUGCAAAAUAUACGCUUACGAAAUAUGUAUAUUAAUGCUAUAAUGCAUUAACAGUACUUGAAUGCCAUACACACUUCAUAUUUGACAUUCUUUCAAUUAUAUCUUACAAUGAAGAUGUUCGUCAUUUUUUUGGAAAAUGCUACCACAUAGUCGGGUAAGAUUCAGACUAGAAAUAUAUUAUUGGGGCUGCAUAAUCGAUAACGAAUUAACACCGCAUUUAGGCAGCAUUAAUAUCUAUUAUAAUUAUAUUAUAGUUAUUAUUAUUAUUAUUAAUUAUUAUAUUGCCGCAGUUUUUAUUUUUAUCGCGAAAAAUAUCGUAAUAUGUUACUUGUAAUUAUUUUUAAUAAUCAAGUCAAUGGCGGACGAUUCUAGCAUCGUUCCGAAAGAUGUGAGAUUAAUAGAAUUUUCGAAAGGCUGAAACUUACUUUUUGUUAAUCAAAGUGUUUAAAGAAACUGUUUUUUAAAUAAUAUACUAACAGCAUCGAAUCAAACGAAUAAAAAGUAAAUUUAAAACUUCUGAAGAAAAAUUGCUUUUAUGUUUCACAGAAGUUUAAGGACAGUUCUAAAGGAAAUUAAAGCAGAUUGAAACGAUCGAAAGCUAAAGAACAUCUAAGAAAACUUGCUUUUUUAUGUCUAAAUACCUUGCACAGAAAAAGAUAUCUUACUCGGAUAUCAAAUUUCAAAGCGAAGAAAAGUAGUAUUAUUAUUUUUAAGAAAAAUUUUAUUCUUUAUGUUUCGGUCGAAUGUGUUAAUAAUUGCUCUUCUUGAUUUCUUUCAAAUAAUCAUUGUAUAGUCAAUUUUUUUGUUUCCAACUCGUCUGACGGAACGAACUAGAAAUCGACGAUCGAGAGUUAUCAAUUGGUACUUAGGGUCGAUCGUAGAUCGAGAACUUUUUCGUUUCGUAUUAUUCAAUUUUAAAUGCAUCGAAAAGUCGAUGUAUGUUUUCAUAUCAUUGUUUUACCAUCUGCAUGAACUUAUAAAUAUCAUACUAAUAAACAUCAAUUUUUUACAGCUAUAUAUACAUAUUAAACUUUUUCAAACAGUUUCGAAGGACUACUUUACUUCUACCGGUAAUGUUUUUAGGUAGAAAAGCAAUGUUCUAAUGAAUUUCUUUAUGCAUUUAAAAUUGAAUCGUCGAAAAUCACAAAACAAAAUUUAAAAAAGGAAGAAGAGAAAGCCAGCAAUGUUUUUAUAUAUGCAUUUUUUAUGACAUGUGCAUUUCUCAUGCAUUAGAAAAAAACGCAUUUUUAACCUCCUUUUGUAAAGAUUUAAACAAAGAAAAGAAUUUAAAGCAGGCAAACGACUUUAUAUGUACUUGCGAUGUUCCCUGUUACCUUGAGAUAUUCAUUAUUUGAUUACAGAUAAAUAUUCUUAAAGGUAUUUACAACCCGGAAUGAAAGAUAAAAGGAGGUUAAUGAGCGAUCAUAUGUAUUACACGUACAUAUGUAUACGUAUGCAGAGUAUCGUAAAGUAUGGGGUAUUUGGUAAACAAGUCUUAUACCGAAAAAAAUUAUUAUAAAAAAAUUGAAUGAUACUACUUGAUCAAUUUAUUUUCUACGAAUUUACUUCAUUCUUCAAUUAAAUAUAAAAAAAGCUUAAUAGAUAUGUAUUUUUUGCGAUAAAAGUACCUAAUAUAUAACGUGUACUAUCAAUUUCGAUAUUGAAAACAACUAGAUUACUUCGUAACCGAUGCUGGAGCAAAAACAAAAUAUACUUUGUACAAAAAUAUUAUUUCCUAAGUGCAACAUACUUUAUUGCAUACUUUAUAUAUAUGUCCGGAAUAUUCUAUUUUUUGAUAUGGCAAAGUGAUUGGUGUCUGGACGAAACCGGCCUGUUUUUUACAUUAAACAACUUUCUAGUGAUUUUUUAGGCAGGCUUUUCAAAUUCGCAAUUGAACUGCCACUUCACACCAUCGUGGACUAUUUUCUCCACAUAAUGAUGAUGAAUUAAAUUUGAAAAUCUUUUGAUUAAAUUAAUAAACUUAUACACAUUUUCGACGAAUUUACUUAAUAAGAAAUAAAUUAUAAUUUCAUACGUAAAAAGAAUCAUUGUAUUCAAUUAUAUCUAUUGAAUAGAAAUGUCGACGAUGUGUGAGUAGAAUGCAAAAAUGAAAUGUAAAAGGAUACAUAUACAUAUUUGUACUUUUUUUAGGUCUGGAAACAUAGGUGAAAGCUCUGAACCUCAGGAUCUUUUAUAAAGUAUAGAAAGCUUGAAUACCGAACACUGAAACGUCGACAACCUUUUCAUCAAAUGCAUUUCUUUUUGAUGGAAAUUUGGAUGAUUGUAAAAAAUAUACAUCUUUAAUUGUGCAAAAU